AUAUAUUUCAGGUUAAAUAUGAAGGCAGUGUGACGUCAUCUUGUACACAAACUCGGUCUGUCUGGGUGGAAUAAUUUCUCUUGGCUGUUGACGAAGACCACCACCACGACAUAAAGGUGUGAGUGGAUGGAAAGGAACAUUAUGGUAGCAUCAGGAGGCCAUCCCACACAAGAGGCAGAACAAUUCCUCACAACUGUACAAUAAGUCAGUACAGUACUGUAUUAGUGAACAUCUUCAGGAGAACAUUGUAAGCAAGAUUAAGGUAAAUUGUCAACUCCCCAAAUCUUAAGGUAUAAAUAUGAAAGUCAAGUUGGUGUUCUAGGAAACAGUGAGAAUAAAAAGAAGGUUCACACAAGUGAAUCUUUCUCCUGACAAUACCAGUUAAGUGAUGCACUGUGUUAUGUAUUGUCUAAUUACAGUAUGAUGAGUGUUGCAAUGUUUCUACCUAAACAACUACCUUGUGACUCUUGUGCUUGUGUACACUGCUGAUAAAAGUUUCAAUAUAUAAAUGUGACAAGUGUUUGUCUGCUGUACUGGUGAGACAAGUUCACUUGUGGUAAAUAUUUCUCACACAACAGUUAGCUCAAGAACCACAUAUAUGUGCAGAAUUAUUAAUGCAAAUAUAGUUGUGAAGAGUGGAGAACUUUUUAUACAAUACAAAAGUUACCCAAACGUGUGACACUGAAGGAAAUGUUUUCUUGUAUGGAGUGUUGUAAAGUGUGUAAAAGAUGGCCCAGUUUAUGAAUCAAAUAGCUGGACAUAACGGCCAAAAUAAUUAUGUGUGUGUACAGUGUGGUGAAUUAUUUUACAGUAAUGAUUCAUUGAAGAUGCAUACCUGUAUGGCUGAACACACUGAUGAGAAAGAUAUAAAGUGUGAAGAGCUUGAUGAAAGCUUUAACAGUGACUAUGAUGUGACACAACAUGUGACUGUUGAUGAGAAAGAUAUUAAGUGUGAAGAGCUUGAUGAAAGCUUUGACAGUAACUAUGAUGUGACACAACAUGUGACUGUUGAUGAGAUUAAUAUUAAGUGUCUCAAAAGUGUUAAAAGUUAUGACAAAAAAGAACAACAAAAGCAGCAUAUGGCUGUACACUCUGGUGAUGAGGAGGAUUUUAAGUGUGAAGAGUGUGGUAAAAUUUAUUUCAGUAAAGGCUAUCUGAAGCAGCAUAUGAUUGUACACUCUGGUGAGAAUAAGUUUAAGUGUGAAGAGUGUGGUAAAAUUUAUUCCAGUAAGGGCUAUCUGAAGCAACAUAUGAUUGUACACACUAGUGAGAAGGAUUUUAAGUGUGAAGAGUGUGAUAAAUGUUUUUCCAGAAACAGUGAUCUGAAACAGCAUGUGGUUGUACACACUCGUGAGAAGAAUUUUAAGUGUGAAGAGUGUGGUAAAAUUUAUUCCAGUAAGGGCAUUCUGAGGCAUCAUAUGGUUGUACACACUGGCGAGAAGGAUUUUAAGUGUGAAGAGUGUGGUAAAUGUUAUUUCAGAAAGAGCACUCUGAAGCGUCAUAUGGCUGUACACACUGGUGAGAAGGAUUUUAAUGAUUUUAAGUGUGAAGAGUGUGGUGAAUGUUAUUCCAGAAAGAGCACUCUAAAGCGUCAUAUGGUUGUACACACUGGUGAGAAGAAUUUUAUGUGUGAAGAGUGUGGUAAAUGUUAUUCCAGAAAGAGUGAUCUGAAGCAGCAUGUGGCUGUACACACUGGUGAGAAGGAUUUUAAGAAUUUUAAGUGUGAAGAGUGUGGUGAAUGUUAUUCCAGAAAGAGCACUCUGAAGCGUCAUAUGGUUGUACACACUGGUGAGAAGAAUUUUAAGUGUGAAGAGUGUGGUAAAUGUUAUUCCAGAAAGAGUGGUCUGAAGAGACAUAUGGCUGUACACUGAUGAGAAGAAUUUUACAUGAAAGUUGUAGGGAAAGGUCUUACAGAAAAAUGAUCUGCAGAACUGUUUGGUCUUGCAUGUUGUUAACAUUUAUUUCAAGUGUAAAUAAUGGAUUACUUAUUUCCAAAAGAAGACCAACUGGAAAUUAUCAUCUGAUGGCUGUGUUGGGAAUUAUUGGUCAAAUUGACUUACUGUUUACCAUUGUUUGUACACCUGCACUGUACAUAACAGGCUGAAUCUUUGAAACAUUUUGUGAUGAAUUUACUGAAUAAAUACAGGUUGUACCUCUCUAGUCCGGCAACCUCGGGACCUGACUGGUGCCGGACCAUGGAAAUUCACCCUUUUCCUGGAUAGAUAGUGACUUGUGCUUAUGCUUGGAAG